AUGUCUGACGAUGAUGACUUCAUGCAAGAUUCUGGCGACGAAGACUAUGACUUUGAGUACGAAGAUGCGGACGACGACGAGUCGGGUGACAUCGGGAUCGAGAAUAAAUACUACAACGCCAAACAAAUGAAGAUAGAUAACCCAGAGGAAGCGAUCGAUGAGUUCCUGGAGGUACCGGCUCUGGAGCAAGAGAAAGGCGAUUGGGGUUUUAAAGGUCUCAAGCAGGCGAUAAAACUGGAAUUCAAACUCGGGCGAUACAGCGAUGCGGUUGAACACUACAGAGAACUCCUUACCUACGUUAAGUCGGCCGUCACACGAAACUAUUCCGAAAAGUCUAUCAACAAUAUGCUGGAUUACAUCGAAAAGGGCUCGGACGACGACAAGGCCUAUCAGUGUAUGGAAGAGUUCUAUUCAUUGACGCUACAUUCAUUCCAGAACACGAAUAACGAGCGUCUGUGGCUGAAGACCAAUAUUAAACUGGCCCGCCUAUGGCUAGAACGCAAGGAGUACGGUCAACUGAGCAAGAAGGUGCGGGAGUUGCAUCGGGCAUGCCAGCGGGAAGACGGGUCGGAUGAUCCCAGCAAAGGAACAUACUUACUGGAACUAUACGCGCUGGAAAUCCAAAUGUAUGCUGAGACAAAGAACAAUAAGCGACUCAAAGCCCUGUAUCAGCGCGCCCUCCGUGUGCGGUCAGCGGUCCCGCAUCCUAAGAUCAUGGGCAUUAUCCGGGAAUGUGGAGGGAAGAUGCACAUGAGCGAGGAAAACUGGGAAGAGGCGCAGAGCGAUUUCUUUGAGUCGUUCCGAAACUACGACGAGGCGGGUUCGAUGCAACGUAUCCAGGUUCUCAAAUAUCUGGUGCUGACCACCAUGCUGAUGAAAUCCGACAUCAACCCGUUCUAUUCGCAAGAGACCAAGCCGUACAAGAGCGACCCCCGCAUCUCGGCCAUGACCGAUCUAGUCGAUGCCUUCCAGCGGGACGAUAUCCACGCAUACGAAGCGGUCCUGAGCAAGAAUCCAGAUGUCCUGGCCGAUCCUUUCAUCGCAGAGAACAUUGACGAGGUCAGCCGAAACAUGCGGACUAAGGCAGUCCUCAAGCUGAUCGCACCCUACACGCGAUUUACGCUGGCCUUCAUCUCCAAGCACAUUAAAAUCUCUAUCCCGGAGGUCCAGGACAUUUUGAGUUUCCUGAUCCUAGACAAGAAGCUGAACGCGAAAAUUGACCAAGAAAAUGGAACGGUUGUCGUGGAAAGCACUAGUGACGUGGAUCGACUACGAUCCCUCGAGGAGUGGAACGCAUCGCUUCGGACCCUUUGGCGGGCCACCUUAAAUGACGGGGAAGGAUUUAGGACGGAUGAAACGUCUCAACUCCACGGGUUGAGAGGCGGGCCCCUCUUCCAAUCGGGAUUUGGCGAUGAAGCACCACCUGCAGUGGGUUUACGUGCUGGGCGCCGAUUACGGACUGGAUGGAAGGGUAAAGGCUUAGGACACGGGCCCAAGGUUACAGGUGCAGGCGGAUAUUAA